AUGCCAUCAUUGUACCGCGCACUCAAUGACAUCGAAGAGAAACUCGACAUCAUCUCCGUCAUCAAAACAUUCGAUGUGCAGCAGAUCGACACUGCCGUUACUACGGAACCAGCGAGGUAUAUGGAACGAAGGUCUGAUAACUUCAAGACUUCCAUCCGCCCAUCUACUGACCUCUCAGAGAGACUUGAUCUCAACUCCGCCGUGAAACCUCUUGACGUCCGGAGGCUCGAUCCGCCAUCACCACGAAACCAGGGGCCCGUUCUUAUCGAGCCCUUACAUUUCUGGCAUUUCGAGUAA